UGUUUCUGUGUCUGCUUUUCUUCUGUCUCCUCCACGGCCUCAUGGCUCAAAACAAACUGACUUCAGUGGACUUUGAGAUAUUUGGGAAUGUGCAGGGUGUUUGCUUCAGGAUGUACACAGAAGACCAGGGUCGCAGCCUGGGAGUGAGCGGCUGGGUGAAGAACACCCGGCAGGGCACUGUGGUGGGUCAGAUCCAGGGACCUGAGGAUCAGGUGAAGGAGAUGAAGUUCUGGCUGAAGAACGUGGGAAGCCCGAGCUCUCGUAUCGACCGAGCGGUUUUCUCCAAUGAGAGAGACAUCCCCAAACUGGAGCUGCAAGGCUUUUGUACCCGCUACUGAGCACGCUAACCCAUGCUAACACACGCUAAUCUUUCUCCAAGGUAAUAACAUGUUGUUCACCUUUAACCUGAAGUUGGACUCUCUGCUCCU